UUCCUGACUGGUUCUGACGCAGGCCUCACCCAGAGCUGACUUCUUGUUUUCAUUUGAUACAGUUGUUCAAUUCAGCUGGAUAGAUUGGUGACGGGACACUUUUGUCCACAGAUUACUGACACUUUACUGAGGAACAGAAGGAUUUUUGCAGACAUUUGGUGGAAGUCGUGGUACAACUGCAAUAAAGCAUGGCCGACGGUAGAGAUGAUCGCACUAAAAUCGAGAGAGGACUGACCAUACAGCCGACUUUUUUGAAUGAUCCCAAACUCAUCAACCUUAAAGAGGUUUUUUUGGAGUGGAUCAACAGUACUCUUAAAGUGGAACACAUUGUGGUGAGAUCAUUGGAGGAAGACCUGUAUGAUGGGCUUGUCCUUUAUCACCUGUUACGUAGGUUUACAGACAUUCAGUUACCGGUGGAGGAGAUUGCGCUGACUGCCGAAGCCCAGAUUCGAAAACUAGAGGCGAUCCUGACGGCUCUGAAUGAGGUCUUCGAGAUUAACAAGGAAGCUGCCAAAUGGAGCGUUAAACUCAUUCACAGCAGAGACCUGUUGGCUACGUUACAUCUUCUGGUUGCCAUGGUGAGACGUUUUCAGCCUGAUCUCGCUCUGCCAGUUGUCAGCGUUGAGGUGAUCCAACGUGAGGUUACAAAAGGUGGCUUCAAAUCGGACAAGCAGAUUGAACACAUCACUUCUCAGAGUGAUUCCAAAGACGAACGAGGGGGAUCUAACAAGGAUUGCCCCAUCGAUGAGCUCUUCAAACUGGAUGCGCACAAAAUUGAGACAGUGAAAAAGGCAAUAAUACAUUUUGUUAAUAAGAACAUGGCACCACUGGGAUUGACUGUGACUGAUCUUGAAAAACAGUUUUCAGAUGGAGUAAUUCUGCUGCUGUUGAUUGGUCAGUUGGAAGGCUUUUUCAUCCCGCUGUAUGAUUUCCACCUCAGUCCCACCAGUUCUGCAGAAAUGGUUCAUAACGUGACGCUUGCGUUGGAUCUGCUGAUUGACAGACAGAUUCCUGUGGAGUCAGUUAAUCCUCAGGAUAUUGUUUCCCAAGACGUUCCAGCAACGGUGAAAGUGUUGUACUACUUAUUCAGGAAACACAAAAACAAAUAAAAAAAUCUCCUCCUCUGUCA